AUGGAGCCCCUGUCAGGCCCUGCAAGCAGGCGGCAUGUCCCCUGGAGCAGGCUCCUGCUGGCAGUCUCACUCUUAACUUUCUGGACCCCGCCCACCACUGCCCAGCUCACUGUUGAAACGGCGCCCUCUCUUGCUGCAGAAGGGUUGGAUGUUCUUCUACUUGCCCACAACGUGACAAAGAAUCCUCUAGCCUAUGCCUGGCACAGAGGAGAAAGGGUAGACAAUGCCCAGCUAAUUGCAUCGUAUAGGGUAGGUAAUAAUGCAACUACCAAUGGGCCUGUGUACAGCAGACGGGAGACACUUUACCCCAACGGAACCCUGCUGAUCCGGAACGUCACCCAGAAAGACACAGGAUCCUACACCCUGCUCGUUACAAAGGAGGAUUUACAGACAGAAAGACAGGCUGGACACCUCCACGUGCACCCGGUGCUACCCUCACCCGUCAUCACCAGCAACCUCUCCAACCCCAGGGAGCACGAGGACACUGUGGUGUUAACAUGUGGAUCUGAGACCCAGAACACCUCCUACAUGUGGUGGAUCAACAGUCAGAGCCUUCCCAAGAGCACCAGGCUGGAACUGUCCGAGGACAAGAGGACUCUCACAGUAGUCACCGUGACAAGGAAUGACACAGGACCCUAUGUGUGUGAAGCCCGGAACCCAGUGAGUGUCAGCCGCAGUGACCCAUUCACCCUGGAUGUCCUCUCCCCUGUGGCAAAACCCUCCCUCCAAGCCAGCAACGCCACAGUCACAGAACACAAGGGCCCCGUGGUCCUGACCUGCCUCGCAGAUGAGACUGGGGUCUCCAUACGCUGGUUCUUCAAAGGUCAGAGUCUCCUCCUCGCAGAGAGGAUGACACUGUCCUCAGACAAGAGCACCCUCACCAUAGACCCCGUCAGCAGAGAGGACACCGGGGAUUAUCAGUGUGAGGCCUUCAACAGGGGCAACUCCAGCAGAAGCGACCCCCUCAGGCUGCGUGUGACCUGGCAAGAAAACAGCCGAGCCCUCGGUGUGGGGGCCAUAACUGGCAUCGUGAUUGGGGUCCUGCUUGUGCUGACGCCGCUGGCUGGCCUGGGGUGUUUCAUUUUCCUUCACAGAGGGAACUGGCCCCCAGCGUCCACCUCAGGACGUGGUCCCUCUGGCAGCUCUGUCUCCCAGGCCUCCCUACCUGAUGCCAGGCCUCCAGCUCCCAUCUACCAGGAAUUACUACGUCCUGACACAGACGUUUACUGUCAUAUCAGCCACAAAGCAGAUGUGGGUCCUUAG